AUGGAUCAACUGUAUACAUACGAAUCACCAUCUAUGAUCAGUAAUUCUCCUAUGAUUAAUUAUAGGAAAGAUGCUAAAAAGGGAGUAAAAUUUACCUUUAUGGUAGUAGGUGAAUCAGGUACUGGUAAAACUACUUUUAUUAAUAGUUUAUUAAAUAAAAAAGUUUUAAGUCAUCGUUUUGAAAAAGAUUUUACAAAUGGAGAUACAAAAACUUUAACAUUUACAUCAGCUAAAUCAGUAGCUUUACCAAAUACUUCUAUAUUAACUCGUCAAGAAUUUAAUCCAAGAACUGCCAAUGAAGAACCAGGAAUUGCUUUAACUGAAACUAAAGUAGAAUUAAUUGAUGAUGAUAAUUUAAAAUUAUUACUAAGUAUAAUUGAUACGCCUGGAUUUGGAGAUAAUUUAAAUAAUGAAUUAUGUUUUACAGAAAUUGAAAAUUAUUUAAAACAACAAUUUGAUUUAGUAUUAGCUGAAGAAACUAGAAUAAAAAGAAAUCCAAGAUUCAUAGAUACUAGAGUUCAUGCAUUAUUAUAUUUUAUUACUCCAACUGGUCAUGGAUUAAGAGAAAUUGAUAUUCAAUGUAUGAAAAAAUUAUCAAAAUUUGUUAAUAUUAUUCCAGUUAUAGGUAGAGCUGAUUCAUUUACUGAAAAAGAAUUAAGACAUUUUAAAAAUCAAAUAAAAAUUGAUAUAGAAAAAUUUAAUGUACCUAUUUUCCAAUUUGAUAGUGUAUUAAAUGAAUUUGAUGAAGAAGAAGAUUAUGAAUUAAUUCAAGAAUGUAAAUAUUUAGCAGCAUUACAACCAUUUGCUAUAAUUACUUCAGAAGAUGAAUAUGAAGUUAAAGAUCCAAUUAAUGGAGAAAUUAAAUUAAUAAGAGGUAGAAAAUUACCUUGGGGAUUAAUUGAUAUUAAUGAUACAAAUUAUAGUGAUUUUUCAAUUUUAAAAUCAGUAUUAUUAGGAUCUCAUUUACAAGAUUUUAAAGAUUUAACUCAUGAUUUCUUAUAUGAAACUUAUAGAACUGAAAGAUUAACUAAAGUAACUGGAGGUUCUAAUCUUGUUAAAAAUGAAGAUGAUUAUGAUGAUAGUGAAUUUCAUGAUACGGUUGAACAUCAUCCUGAAUUUGGUGAUAAUACUAUUCCUUCAUUAUCAAAUUUGGCUCAAUUAACUGAUAUAACCAAUACAUCAAUUGUAAGUCAUAAUAAUAUUAAUAAUAAUAAUGAUGAUGCAUCACUUGCUUCUAAUAGUUCUACUAGUAGAAAGAAAUCAACUAUGUUAUUAGAAGAAGAUGAUGAUUCACCAAAAUUAAAGGAUAAUGGAUCAUUUACAUCUUCAACAUCAACAAUUUCUUUUGAUCAAGGUAAAGAUAGUUAUCCACCUCCAAGAAAUCUUACUCCAACUAAUGGACAAUUUAAGAGACUUUCAAUUGCUCCUCAACGUAAUCAAUUACGUCAAAUUUCUGAAACUGUACCUUAUGUUAUUAGACAUGAAAGAAUUUUAGAAAGACAACAAAAGCUUGAAGAAAUGGAAAUGGCUAGUGCUAAAGAAUUAGCUCAUAGAGCUGCAUUAUUAGAAAAGAAGGCACAAGAAUUAAAGGCUAAAGAAAGAGCCUUAAUGAAGAAAAUGGAAUCUCAUAAUGCUCUGUCAAUUAAUGGUGAUAGAGAAGAGAUUGAAGAAAGUCAUGAGCGCAAGAUACCAGAUGUGAAUGAGAAUAUUCGUAGUAUAGCUAAGGAUGAGACGUUGACAGAUCUUCAUUCUAUUGUUGGAGAUAAUUAG